CUGCGAGUUUCCGAUGCGGCGCAUCACCGUAAACCUGGCGCCGGCCGACCUGAAGAAGCCGGGCCGGCCUACGAUCUGCCCAUCGCCGUGGGGAUACUAUUCAGCACCGGACAGGCGCCGCCGACCAAGGAGUCGGCGAUAUUCCUGGGUGAGUUGUCGCUGGAUGGCGGCCUGCGGCACACGGCGGGCAUCCUGCCCAUGGUGUCGGUGGCGCGGGAUCAGGGCAUAAGCUCCGUGUACGUACCGGCGAUUGACGCGGCCGAAGCGGCCCUGGUGGACGGAGUAGGCGUGUAUCCCGUCGACACGCUGGCGCAACUGCUGAGCCAUCUGCAAGGCGAUACAGCGAUAGAUCCAAUUCCGCAGAACGGCGUUCAUCUCAAUGGGAACCGUGAACAGCCUGGCAACACCGAUCUGCGCCACAUCCGGGGGCAGGACCACGCCAAGCGAGCCCUGGAAGUAGCGGCGGCGGGUUUCCACAAUAUUCUGCUGAGCGGGCCGCCGGGUUCCGGCAAGACCCUGCUGGCUCGGGCGCUGCCGGGCAUCCUGCCCUACCUGACGCCCGGCGAGGCGCUGGAUGUCACCAAGAUUUACAGCGUGAGCGGCAAUCUGCCGCCGGACAGCCCGCUGAUUGCCCAGCGGCCGUUCCGCGCGCCCCACUACACGAUAUCGAACGCCGGCCUCGUGGGCGGCGGCCGCAUGCUGCGGCCGGGAGAAAUCACACUGAGCCAUCGGGGAGUGCUGUUCCUGGAUGAGCUUCCGGAAUUCGGGCACGCCGCGCUCGAAUCGUUGCGACAACCGUUGGAGGACAAAACGGUAACCAUCACGCGAGUGAGUGGCACGGUGACCUAUCCGGCGAGUUUCAUGCUGGUGGGCGCGAUGAACCCGUGUCCGUGCGGUUAUGCGUCGCAUCCGCGGAAAGAUUGCGUAUGCAGCCCUUCCGCGCUGGCCAGGUAUCAAAGGCGCAUCAGCGGGCCACUGCUGGAGCGCAUCGACAUUUUCGUAGAAGUCCCGCCGGUGGAAUACGACAGCCUAUUGGGUCGGUCGGAGUCCGAGAGUUCAACCGCAGUGCGCGACCGCGUGGUGGCGGCGCGCGCCAUCCAGGAGGCACGUUUCGCCGGGGGACCGGAAGCUCGGGGGUUGUCGAACGCGGAAAUGUCGGGAUCGAACAUCUGGGAUCAUUGCGACCUGCAGGAUGACACGCAGGCAUUGUUGCAGCGGGCAUCGCAACAGCUGGACCUCUCGGCCCGGGCGCUGCAUCGGGUGGUCAAGGUGGCCCGCACGGUUGCCGACCUUGCCGGAGCCCAACGAAUAGGGCCGGCGCAUCUUGCGGAGGCACUGCAGUACCGCGCCCGGGAGUUACUCUGA